UUUUUAAUAUCUCAGUGUCCGAAAAUAAAGUUAUGUGUCAUCCAUCGUCUGUGGAUAGUCUUAGUACCAGUGCUGGUCAAGAAGAUCACGUAUCAAUGGGAUGCUACUCGGCGAGAAAGGCAUUGAAUAUUGUCGAAAAUGUGGAAAAUGUGAUAGCAAUUGAGCUGCUUGCUGCAUGCCAAGCAAUUGAAUUUUUGAGGCCGCUUCGAACAACUGCUCCAUUAGAAGAAGUUUAUUUAGCAGUUAGGAAAGUUGCAAGGUCACUGGAUGCAGACAGAUUUAUGGCUCCUGAUAUUGAAGCAGUUAAGAAAUUGCUUGAAGAAAACAAAGUAUGGAUGGCGGUGCAGCACCAUAUCGCAUAUUAUCAUUCACCAAAGGAAAUUGAGACGCGCUCUUUCAGUCCGACUUCUUCAUCACUGGUUGAAGAGAAACCAGAAACACAUCGAACAUCAUUGAAAAGAAAACAUGAAGACGAUUAACAAAAAGCACAAUAAAAAUAGAAAUAAACAAAUAAAAAUUA